GCCACAUCAGCCAAAAUUUAACGAAGGGACUAAAAAGGGGCCGGAUUUGUAAACAGUAAGGACCAAAAAGGGGAUUUUUUCGGUAUAAAGACCAAAAAAAGGCUUUUUCCUAUAGUAGAGGGACCAAAAAGGGGCGAAUCAACUUUCCACAACUUUGUGCUUAUCAAUUAUCAAUAACAGCGACAGAAGGAAGAUUUGUGGAGAAGAUUUGAAGAUCGAGAGCAUUGUGCGUAGUUAGGAAGAGAUUCUUUGGUGAAUUUUGAGCUCCAUGGCUAGAUUUGGUGCGAAAUGGAGGGGAUUCAGAUCGGUGGCGAUGAAUUUGUGCAGCUUUGCUUUGGCAUUUGCGUUAGUUUCAGCUGAGAAAAGCUUAAAGCGUGAAGCGGAGAGACUGAAUGGAGCCGAUGAAUCUGAAUCGAAUUAUCUACUCAGAGCUGUUAAUUUCUUGUGGCAAUCUGAUCGAUCCGGAUAUCAACAUGUUUGGCCGGAAAUGAAAUUUGGUUGGCAAAUUGUCCUUGGAAGUAUUGUUGGAUUCUUCGGAGCCGCAUUUGGUAGUGUAGGAGGAGUUGGUGGUGGCGGCAUUUUUGUUCCCAUGCUUAGCUUGAUCAUUGGGUUUGAUCCAAAGUCUGCAACAGCUAUAUCAAAAUGUAUGAUUAUGGGUGCAGCAAUUUCAACUGUUUACUAUAACCUUAAGCUAAGGCAUCCUACAAUUGAUAUGCCUAUCAUUGAUUAUGAUUUGGCUCUGCUCAUUCAGCCCAUGCUCAUGCUGGGUAUUAGCAUUGGUGUCGCUUUCAAUGUGGUAUUUGCUGACUGGAUGGUCACGGUUUUACUUAUUAUUCUCUUUAUAGGAACAUCAACAAAAGCAUUCUUGAAGGGUGUUGAGACUUGGAAAAAGGAAACCAUAAUGAAAAAGGAGGCUGCUAAGCAAAUGGAAUCAAAUGGUAAUUCUAGUGCGGAUGUGGAGUAUAAGCCCCUUCCUGGUGGCCCAACCAAUGGCCCACUAAAAGAUGCCAAGGACUGUGAAGUCACUGUGUUUGAGAAUGUUUACUGGAAGGAAUUUGGACUGCUUGUUUUUGUUUGGGUUGCAUUUCUUGUACUGCAGAUUGUGAAGAAUCAUACAGCUACCUGUUCAACAGCAUAUUGGGUAUUGAACUUGCUACAGAUCCCAGUUUCUCUUGGGGUAUCUGGAUAUGAGGCAAUAAGUCUGUACAAGGGUCGGAGGAUAAUUGCAUCCAAGGGAGAGGAUGGCACAAGUUUCCGAGUGUUUCAGCUUGUUAGCUACUGCACUUUUGGGGUACUGGCCGGAAUUGUUGGUGGUCUGCUUGGUCUAGGUGGAGGAUUUAUCAUGGGUCCUCUGUUCUUGGAGCUGGGGGUCCCUCCUCAGGUCUCAAGUGCUACUGCCACCUUUGCCAUGACAUUCUCCUCAUCAAUGUCUGUUGUAGAAUAUUAUCUUCUGAAACGUUUUCCAGUACCAUACGCUCUCUACUUCACUGCUGUGGCUACUGUUGCUGCUGUUAUUGGGCAGCAUGUUGUGAGAAAGAUGAUCAUUAUGCUUGGAAGGGCAUCGCUCAUCAUCUUCAUCUUAGCCUUCACAAUUUUUGUUAGUGCAAUAUCACUAGGUGGUGUCGGCAUAUCAAACAUGAUUGGCAAGAUCCAUCAGGGUGAAUACAUGGGAUUUGAGAACCUCUGCAAGUACGAUGUCUAGCAUGUUUCUUCGUUUUCCUUCUUUCCUUUUAAUCCCAUUCAUGUUGUUGUAACUUACAGCUGUUCUUAGGCAAAAGUAAAUGCCUUUUGUUUGUAUCAUUUUUUGGGUUGCUGGAAUGAAAGCACCUCAAUGAUUGUCUAGAAAUUGGAAAAAACUUCUCUUUCCAACUUAUGAAUUUCCUUUUUGUUAUAACAAGUUGAUUUUUAUUACCAACUAAAUUAACCAUUGGAACAUUU